UUAGUUUUCAUCUUCACCCCUUUGGCCCUUUCCUAUAUAUACAUGAAAAUCUUACCUUUUUUUUUGUAGAACAAAUUUUCAAACUAUAUUUUAUAAAACCACAAAUUUCAUUUCUAUCUAUAUUCUAAUAUUCAUAAGUUUAAUUUUUUGAAGUUAAGGCAACAAUAUUUGAGAUGUCUCCUAUUGACAUGUUGAUCAAUUUGGGCUUGUUUUUGGCGGUUCAAGCUUUAGUAUAUUUGAUUCUUACAAAUUCAUCAAAUGUUUUUUCUAAGAACAAGAAUUUGAGGUCGUUUAGCUUCAAGAGAACUCGAUCUAGCAGUGUUCGUAAUCUUCUUUCGCUUAUUUCGGAUAUGCCUUCUGUGUCUACACCAAGAGACCAAGGACUACGAUCGCCCAUCACUCCAAGGGUUGAAGAUCAACUUGAGGCUUUCAAUAAUUAGAGGCUAGAUUAAAGAAGAUGAAAUAUUGAUGAUUUGUUGUUGUUUAAAAUUGAUUUAUUUAUUUAUUCAUUUGCUUGUUUUUAUUUUGGGUAAUCUAGAAAAUUAGGUUGGGAUGGGGCCUAGCCCUUUCUUUGUCAUUUUGUAUUAAUUAUGAUGUAUGGGUACAUAUUCAGUAUAUAAAUUGUGAAAAUUCUUAUAAUAUAUGGAUACUUUUACUAU